AAUGGGCGAGCAUAAUCUUCUUAAUCCCGGUUUUGUGGGACCUUUGGUAAACAUCCACACCGGAGAUACAUUUUACCUUCCCAAUUUCCGAGCAUCCGGGGGACAACUGGCGGGUCUACCCUCUCUUCCCUACCCUAGGAGGGACAAUGUGUGCUCCUUGCCGUGGACCCCAUCGGAGCCAUGCAACGGAUACCCUCAGUCUUAUUUCAGCAGCCCCGUGUCCCUUAACCCCAGUUUUAACCGUGCAUGCGAAAUAACGCGACAAGACCAAGGCAAAUGUUUCUACAGCAACAGCGGCGGAGGAGGCGGCGGCGGGGUGAACCGAGAAAACUGUGUUGAGAGUGUGAACCUCAAGCGUGAGGACAGGGCACGGGGAGAUCCCUCCGUGUCCAUAGUGGGAGAGCAAGGACUGCACAGCCACAAUGCAAAUGCAAUGGGCAACGGCGGAAACUUCUCCAAAUACGACUAUGGAACGGCUGGCGAGCAGCUGACCCAAGAUCCUCCGUCCUGUCAGUCGCUAGAGUCCGACUCCGGGUCGUCUCUGCUCAACGAAGGGGGCAAAACACCAUCAGGCAUCGCGCACACAUUGACGUCCCCUGGCACACACACGCAUGCAGGCAGCGCAACUCCAGGCAGUGGUGAGUGUGCCCCGUGGUACCCCAUGCACACAAGAACCCGCAAGAAACGGAAGCCCUACUCCAAGCUCCAGCUGGCAGAGCUCGAGGGCGAGUUCAUGCUCAACGAAUUCAUCACCCGCCAGCGGCGGAGGGAGCUCUCUGACCGGCUGAACCUGAGCGACCAACAGGUCAAGAUUUGGUUCCAAAACCGCCGCAUGAAGAAGAAAAGACUGUUGUUGCGAGAGCAAGCGCUGUCCUUCUUCUAGAAAUAAAACUUUGUGAGACUAGGCGUGAGAGAAUUCGGUGAGGUUGAUUCACCACCAGUAAGAGAUGUGACUUUAGUGUGGGACAUGUUUUUUAGUUUUCGUCAAUUGUGAAAAUGCAUGUUUUUAAAAAGAGCCUGGGAUUCUUCUCUUCUGGUUAGGUCUAUGAAAAAGCAACUCCAGAUAUACUAAUAUGUUAAGCAGACAAGCGACCAAAUACGUUGACCUAGAUGCUUUGACGAGUUGAUUUGUUUUGGUUGGAAUGGAUAACAGUACACCUGUAAUUACAGAUAAUCGUGAAAAUGUUAGAUUAUCUCUUGCUUUCACUAUUUGGUUCUUCCUUUCUUAGUCGAUUUGCCCAAAAUACGAGUUUAUACGUUUGAGAAAACAAGGGGAAAUACAUUUGGCCCACCCGCUAAAACACUUAUCUUUCAUAAAAGAAUGAAAGGUUAUUGCCAACCUUUCCAAUUGCUCUUUAUGCUGGAGAAAAAAUAGAAGAAUGGUUACGCAUUCGUAUAAACUAGAACAUACUGUGAGCCAAGGAUAGAGGUCAAUGUCAAUACAGAGCGCCAAAUUUCUUGGAGAAAUUUGUCUGUUGGUGCUGCAUGAUAUAAUAACGUGCGCGUCCUAAUGCUGGAUAAAAGAACAGAACAGCUCUGCAGAAAUCAGAUGUUACUUGUGUAGCACUGUGUGAAAAGCCACUUUAAUGUCAGAGGGUAUAUUGGCUCUUUGGCAAUUUCUUAAUCUUUGUGCAUAACAUUAGCUUACCCUCUCUCCCUAAUGAGAGAAACGUGUCCGUACCUUUCACUCACUCUCUGAUUAAUGCCACGUGCUGCGGAGGAUGUUCACGGUCAAGGACAAAAUUGUCGCCUACACCUCAAGCAUCGCCCACUGGGUCAUGCUCGACACGGGCACCAAUGAGCAGACAUUGACAGAAGGAAAUAUGUAUCUCAUGUAUCUCAAAAUUUAGAUGCAGUUUAGGUAUCGAUAGCUUCUUCAGUAGAGAAUGAGACGAUAUCUUUUUGGGUGGGGAGGGCAUCGAUUUCUGCUGCUAUUUUGGGAUUACGAUCCGCAGAGUCUCGGCGCUUGGGUGUGAAGUAUUAGUGGACUGUCGUGACACUUUAGCGACAGAGAUCGUUUACUGCAAUAAUAUGCGACACCCAAUGUAAUGUUUAUUUCUCAUAGGCUACAUAGAUACACAUACACAAACACGCACCCAGGCACGUGGGCGCUUUCAGAUACACUCAAACAAAAUAUAUUAAGUUGGCCUAUUCUGUUGCUAUUCGUUUAAGAUAUUAAAAUUAGGCCUUCUCUUUUGGCGUUUUUGCAAGGCCGGAUUUUAGUUAAAAGUAGGCUGCGCUGUUGCGCUCCAUACAUGGCCAGGAAUGAGAGCUGGGCUGCGUGCUACGGCCUCUGCCAUCUAAUUGACAUGAGUUAUGAACGUCGAGCUUCACCAUCUUUGAUUGGCGUGAUGAUAGAAAAAAAAAAACUUAGCGGAAAGUCUGUGUAAUGGAAAUAUUCUUUAAAAGGACAAUUCUGAUUAGGAAAAAUAUAUAAGUAAAAUAUAUAUAAAACGGACAUAACCUUCUAUUUGGCGUGUCUAAUUAUAUCUUUUUGUUUUUGUUAUUUUUGUAAUCUGUUAGUUUCAUCAAAAACCCGCAGAUACAUGGGUAAUUGUUAUUUGUGUGUUGCUGCUUUUAAUUUCAAAAUUUAAAUCUGUAUUUGCUUUCUCACUUUAUGUUGGUGCCGCAUUGCAUCCAUGUCAGUCGCUCAGUAGGCUAGUGCGUUAGGCCAAUAGUAGGCUAAUAGAGAUUGCGUUAUCAUACGAGAAGCUCUGUAUAAGCUCGUCCAGUAGCCAACAGUAUUUGUAUAGAACUUGAAUGAAUUCUUCCUCCAGGUUUUUACCUCUGAAAUGUAUUGAUGUUUAAACGUUUUGCUGCUCUUUCUAUCAUUUUCACCUCUAUCGGGUGGUACGUUGUCUCAAAGCAAGCAAGUUUAGUUGUGUCUUUGCUAUAUUUGUAUAAUAAGCGACAAAUGUGUAUUAUACUGAUAUUGCCGUCCUAAAUUGAUCAAUGUGACAUGAAUGUUUUCAUUUUGUCUGUGUUUUCUGUUCAAUACCUCCUAUUUUUCCUCUGUCUAUGAUAAUCUCCGUUUACAAAACGUUGUGUUCUACCAG